AUGGCUUCAAGAUAUUUGGUAAGGCCCCUGUGUGCCUUCAAAUACAUUACCUCUUCCUUGCCCCGAGUCGUUCGGCCUUAUUCUCAACCUGUGACCAAGAAGUAUGAGAACAUACUGGUCGAACUACCCAAGCCGGGCGUGGGUCUGAUCACCCUUAAUCGUCCAAGAGCCCUCAAUGCCCUGUCGACGGCGUUAUUCGUCGAAUUGAACGAUGCACUACAGAACUUCGACAAUGACGACAGCACCAAUGCCAUUGUACUUACAGGCAGCGAGAAAGCUUUUGCUGCUGGUGCCGACAUCAAAGAAAUGAAGGAUCUCUCGUUCAGCAAAGCCUACAACACAAAUUUCAUUGCCUCCUGGUCCUCUACGAUUCCCAAUAUCCGCAAACCAAUCAUUGCUGCGGUCAAUGGUCACGCUCUCGGGGGCGGUUGUGAGCUUGCGUUGAUGGCCGACAUACUUUACUGCUCCUCCUCAGCGACGUUCGGCCAGCCGGAGAUCAAGCUGGGGAUCAUCCCUGGCGCUGGCGGUAGUCAGAGGCUUACAGCAUUGAUUGGGAAGAGUCGCGCUAUGGAAUUGAUCCUCACGGGAAAGAACUUUAGUGGUAUAGAAGCAGGGCAGUGGGGUGUCGCGGCCCGGGUGUUUGACAGCGCGGAGGACUGCGUGCAAGGAGCGCUGGAGACAGCAGGCAAAAUAGCGGGAAUGUCUAAAAUAUCGGUACGGGCGGCGAAGGAGGUGGUCAACAAAAGUCAAGACACGAGCUUGAGAGAGGGUCUCGACUACGAGAGAAAGGUGUUUCAUGGCUUGUUUGGAAGCCAGGAUCAAAAGAUAGGGAUGUCCGCUUUCAUAGAAAAGAAGAAACCGGGUUGGUCAAACGAAUGA